GGGAGCGCGGGCAGCGUCUGCCCCCGCCUCCGUGCCGCCCGCGCGCAACAGUUUCCCCCAAAGUUGCAGCCCAGGAGGCGGGCACGCCCAGGCGGCUGAGGGGCGGGUGGCCGGUUGGGGACGCGGCCUCGCGGCCCAGCGCAGACCGUCCCGGCGGGCGGCAGCAUGGGUACCCGGCAGACCAAGGGCAGCCUGGCGGAGAAAGCCAGCCCCGGCGCAGCGUCCGGCCCCCGCCGCGAACGGCCAGACUUCUGGGCGUCGCUGCUGCUGCGCGCCGGGGACAAGGCGGGGCGCGCGGGCGCCGGCGCGGCGCUUCCCCCCUACCACCGGCGUGUCUGCAUGGUCCAGGAGCUGCUGCGGAUGGUGCGCCAGGGCCGGAGGGAGGAGGCGGGGACGCUGCUGCAGCACCUGCGCCAGGACCUGGGCAUGGAGUCGACCUCCCUGGACGAUGUCCUGUAUCGAUAUGCCAGCUUUCGGAACCUGGUGGACCCCAUCACACAUGACCUCAUCAUCAGCCUGGCACGCUAUAUCCACUGCCCUAAGCCGGUAGGGCAGCUGUGGCCUAAGCCAGCCUGGCCCUGGGGUGUGAGGUGGGCGCCUGUUUGGACAAAGUCAUUCAGGGCCCAAGGAAAAUGAGCCCCCUCCUUCAGGCACCAAGAGGGUGGGCUUGAGGUACCCUCCUACUGGUACCAUCAACCCUGGAAGGUUUUGUCGGGCCUAUGGAUAAAUUCAUUGCCAACAUUUUAAAAAUUAAUACUUUAUAUAACCCCUAUAUUCUGCUGACCUUAAAAAGAGUGGAAACUCCAGCACCAUGUGGCCUUCAUUCCAACAGGGCUCUGGGGAACAGUGUCACAUCGCCCCCACCACUUCACUCUUCCUGCCUGAUCCCCCACAGCUCAACAGGAAAUACUCCAGGGCUCUCCAGGCUCUAAGACGCUACUCAGCCCCUCUGGCUGAGAGAUUCUGGCCCUGAUCCUG